CUUGUGCAGGUUGGUGUGAUAGGGAGGCUCACGGCUACAUAGCCUUUGCCGAGGACACUUAUUUAGCAGUGGUCGCAGAAGCGAUGAAGCUUUCUACAUUAGAAUAUGCCCCUCGGCUGCUCUGGUCUGCAUUGAACUUUUCUGCUCUGCAACUUUUGACUUUGUUGUGCUUAGGCUACCUACUGUAUAACGUCGUCAAGUUGUUUCUUAAAAGGAAGCAGAACAUUCAUGCCUUUGCUACUUUCCCUGGACCCAAAAGUCAUUGGCUGCUUGGUGAUGUAGCCCAGAAACAAGAAGAUAUCUUAGAUUAUGUGGCUGAAAAUUCUAAGAUUUUUCAUUAUGCACAGCCCUUUUGGCUUGGACCAUUUAGAUGUGAGCUCCAUAUUACCCAUCCAGACUAUGUCAAAACUGUCUUUACUAGUUCAGAACCCAAAAAUGUUAAUAAUUAUCGUUUUGCUGUCGGAUGGAUUGGAUUGGGGCUACUGAUUCUAUCUGGAAAGAAAUGGUUCCAGCACCGGAAAAUGCUAACCCCCGCAUUUCACUAUGAUGUUUUAAAACCUUAUAUCAAGCUAGUUUCAGACUCUGUCAAUGUGAUGCUGGAUAAAUGGGAAAAACAUAUUACUGUGAACAAUUCCUUGGACAUAUACCAGGAUGUCAGCCUAAUGACUCUGGACAGCAUCUUGAAAUGUGCUUUCAGCUGCAACAGCAACUGCCAGAUUAAGAGAGACAAUCCAUACAUUAAGGCAGUCUAUGAUCUUACCUACUUAAUCCAAGUCAGAAUUCGAUGCUUUCCAUACCACAGUAAUCUCAUCUUUAAUCUUAGUCCUCAUGGAUUUCGGUUUUGGAAAGCUUGCAAGUUGGCACAUGAGCACACAGGGAAAGUUAUACAACAGAGGAAAGCUAUCCUUAAAGAUGAAAAAGAAUUAGAGAAAAUCCAGCAGAAGCGGUACCUUGAUUUUCUUGAUAUCCUGCUGUGUGCCAGAGAUGAUGAUGGGAAAGGACUCUCUGAUGAAGACAUCUGUGCUGAGGUUGACACAUUCAUGUUUGAAGGACAUGACACCACAGCAAGUGGCAUUUCCUGGAUCCUAUACUGCAUGGCCAAGUACCCAGAGCACCAGAAAAAAUGCAGGGAAGAAAUCCAAGAGAUUAUUGCUGGCAGAAGCACAUUAGAUUGGAAUGAUCUUGGCAAGUUGACCUACACCACCAUGGUUAUUAAAGAAUGCCUGAGACUUUACCCUCCUGUACCUGGAGUAGGACGAACAACCACCAAAACAAUGACCUUUCCUGAUGGGAGAUCAGUGCCAGCAGGUACAAAUAUUGGAAUAAAUAUAUACAGCAUCCAUAGACAACCAGACAUCUGGGAAGAUCCAGAGGUAUUUGAUCCUUCAAGAUUUUUACCAGAUAGAGCUGCCAACAGACAUUCAUAUGCCUUUGUACCAUUUGCUGCAGGAGGAAGAAACUGCAUUGGUCAACAUUUUGCUAUGAAUGAAAUGAAAGUAGCCACAGCACUGACAUUGGCCAGGUUUGAACUUGCAUUAGAUCUAGCCAGGCCUCCCAUCAAAAUCCCACAAGUUGUUCUUCGAUCCAAAAAUGGAAUACACCUGAAGCUGAAGAAAAUUAUCCAUGCAGAAAAAGAAUAAAAGGAAUAAUAGUUUGCCAUGAAUCUGUUUUGAAACAUCAUAGUAUAGUUUUAGAAAAAAGCUGAACUUUUUUACAGUCAUCAUUCAGUUUUCUCCUCAGACAUUCAAGGACCCCUAAAUUCCUUCCUUCACUGGUAUGCAGAAUCUGGAUGACAAGUUUUGAGAUUUUUUUAUAUAAUACUGCAGAGGUUUAUUGUGUAAAGCCAUGUCUUAGAGUUUCCAGUGCAUUUUGUGUAAGUAUGUAAAUGUGGGACAGACUUCUUACUUUCAUCUGCAUGUCUUAGUGCAGAUUUAGUGUCAGCAUUGUUUUAGUAUGCUUGUCUACCAUGCUGUCCCGCAGAACCUUUCUGGGUAGUACAAAAACUCUGUACCUCUCUCCACAAGCAAGCAACUAACAGCCAUGGAAGCUCUGAAUAUAUCCCCACAAAGGAAUAGCUAUCUAACAGCCAUAUAAUCCUUUAUACUAACUGGUUCUACAACGUGUAGCUUCUAGACAAUCCCAGGUUUUCAAAGUCAGGCAGGGGAGCAUUAAAUAUGCACCAGUUGAUCUGCAAAAUAUUAUUUUGAUUUUGUGGAAAAAUACUGACUGACUUAGUUAAGAACUGUUUUCCAGUUAAAUGUGUUUUGAACCAUAUCCUUGGUUAAAGAGUAUUUUGAAGCAUAUUUUCCACACAUUUCUCCUAGAAAGACUGCCUUUUUUAUUUUAGACUCUGCAGAUAGGAGUAUUCUCAUUGAAAGGGCAUUGUUAUAGAAGAAAUACAUAUUCACAUUUGCUUUUCCCAUCCAAACUGAAUACCACCACCCCUAGAUCUGAUUACAGCCUUGUAGUCACUUACAUAAAGGUGAAAGAUCAUAUACAUUCCACUCUUGAGGAGAUGCAGAGAGCCAUUGUUGAGCUGUCUGCUCAUGUCUUUAAAGAAGACCACAUCCAGAUCCUGAGCAUCACUCUAACUUCACCAAGAAUGAUGCCUAAAUUCAAGGAUAAAGUAAUUGGCUUUAUUAACUGCCAAGUAAAUUGGUGUCAUUUGAGGAGGAUCCAGUGUGUGUCUGUAUGGAAUAAUAUGGUCAUCAGCCCCCCCCCCCCCCAAACCUUGCUUUGCCUAGGACAGCAUAUAAUUUAGAAAUUCCAGAAAGUCAAGCCCUUAAUAAUAAGUAUUGGAUUGUGAAAUAAGUUAUUCUACUUCUGAAUGACAGAAGAGCUGGGAUACAUUUGCAAAGUUGUUUUAAGUUGAAAUGUAACACUACUAAACAGAUUAAUUUGUUUUAUAGAGCAUACUGAGCACCUAAAUAAUAUAUAUGCAUUUCUUUUAACUUUGGGCUGGCAUGGACGGGUAAGACUGGCAUUAGUGCUGGUGUCAGCAUCUCAAGAUUAUUACAUGAUGGGAGUUCUGUUAAUCACAGAGUGCACAGCUUUAGUUAUCUUCAUCUAUGGACUGGCUGUUUGUUCUAUUUUCAAACUGGACCCUUUGUCAGCAGAAACUGUUUUAUCUUGGUCCUCUAGUGCAAUAAAAACCAGUAAUAAUUUCCCAUUC